CGGUUGUUUAGUGGUUGAGUAAUUGUGGUGGAUUGAAUCAUAGAAGUCUCUCCCCUCUCUCUCCUUCAUGUCUCAGGGCAUUCCGACGCCAUAUCCACGAUCACGAGUAAUUGGAUUAUCCUGGGGCUUUCCUGGAUUUUUAAUUUUCAUCGAGGAGUGACUGGCACUGGGUGGGGGUUGCAUUAGAGGGCUUUUUUUUUUCUUCUCGUUGUUGCGUUCUUCGGAGACUGUAGCGCUCGUACUGUGACGUCUGACGAGGGACUAACCCAACAGCUGUUUCAAGCCCUUCGUUAUUUCGGACUUUUGACAAAUACACAGCGUGACUCGUUAUUUCGGUCGAGGUGGUGCAAAGGUUCCCGAGACAUUAGGAUUUAAACUGGUGAUUGGAUAAAUCGAAAGAAUUGUGAAACAGUGGAGACGAGGAUCUGAGGGAUACCGAAUUUAUCAGUAAAUCAAGGAGUUUGUUGAGAGGGUGACGAGGAAAUUGACUGGAGAGUGAUAAUGUCUGUAUUGAAUCAAAGUGGUGAGGAUGCUGUGGAGUGUCCACUGUGUAUGGAGCCCCUGGAAGUGGAUGAUCUUAAUUUUUUUCCAUGCACAUGUGGAUAUCAGAUAUGCAGGUUUUGUUGGCACAGAAUUCGGACAGAUGAGAAUGGCCUGUGUCCUGCCUGCAGGAAGGCCUAUUCGGAAAACCCCGCCGACUUUAAGCCCCUGUCCAAGGAGGAAAUAUCGAGGUUGAAGGCUGAAAAAAGGCUGAAGGACCAGCAACGUAAGCAACGGGUAACGGAAAAUCGAAAACAUCUAGCUAAUGUUCGAGUAGUUCAAAAAAAUCUUGUGUUCGUUGUCGGUCUCCCCAUGCGCCUUGCGGACGCCGAUGUUCUCAAGAGACACGAGUAUUUCGGUAAAUUCGGAAAAAUACAUAAAGUCGUUAUUAAUCAGAGUACAUCGUAUGCGGGUUCCCAGGGGCCCAGUGCGUCGGCGUAUGUGACUUAUCAGCGCCAGGAGGAUGCCCUGCGUGCGAUAGAGGCAGUGAACAACAUCCCAGUGGACGGUAGAACGAUAAAAACAUCCCUGGGAACGACGAAGUACUGUUCCCACUUCAUGCGAAAUCAGGGAUGUCCAAAGCCGGACUGCAUGUACCUUCACGACCUGGGGGAUCAGGAGGCGUCAUUCACGAAGGAGGAGAUGCAUCAGGGAAAGCACCAGGAGUACGAGCGAAAAUUAGUGCAGUCGUUACACGUUUCGGCGUCUCUAUCAGUCAAUCGAAAACCAACGCCAUCACCACCAGUGACAGGCACGACAAUUCGUGAAAACGGUGCAGUGACAACAUCCCAGACAAAGGAGGCCUGGCCCUCGUUGCAACCUGGCCAAACACCAACACCGACAAAUCCUAAAGACACUCCACCCCCAACGCAACCUCCACAGGCCAAUGGAUCAACCCCUGCCCCUGGGAUACCGUCGUCCCAAUCAAACAAUACUUCACAGCAGAAUAAUAAUAACAAGGGCGAGGGCAUUGGUUCAAAUUCACGUCGUGGCAAGAGCAACAGCGAGAGCAAAGUCCAGGCAGUGCGAAACAAGCAUAAAAAUAAUCAGAAUAAAGAGAAACAUGGAACAACUCGUACAACAUCGAGAUCAGAGUCUAGCUCUAGUGGUCAUGGUGUCACAAGUGAUAAGCAAAUGGAAAAGGACAUCAGGUGCUUCGUGGAUGAUCAGAGCUGUGAGGCUAGUGCCAAUGGCAGGUGCAUCGAUGAUCAGGUGAGACAGAGACAGGACAGCGAGUCAACGAGUGUCGAGAAGAGUGUCAGGGAUAUUAAAUUAAAUGGUGUUACACGUAAUGGUGAGCAUUCGGAGAGUGAGAGUGAGCCACAGAGGGAGGGAAGUACACCAGCUAGUACAGCAUCAAGUAGUUCUGAUCAUACCUCUGAGUGUGGCAGCAAUGGACCUGAGAGACUCGUUGUUCAGGAUGAUAACUGCGAUACCACUGUUUUAGGCACAUCACCGAUAACGAAUACAAGCGCCAGUCUAGCGUCAGUCAGCCAAGCACCGCCUGGUUUGCAUCAAAUAAAUACAAAUUCUAAUGGACUGCAAACGCAAGUCCACCAUCGAUCGUUAUUUCAAACGGAUAAUAACAGUUUCUUUAGUUCCAAUACGUUUCAAAAAAUAUCCACUGUCGUGUCAGUGCCCCAGAAUUCACAGUCAGCAAACUCCAGUAUCGACUGGACAGCCCCAGCACUCUCCUCGAUUCCCGAUUCUCUGCCCUCGGUCCACUCAACUGAGGAUUGGCAGGCAGCAUUCGGUUUUGAGCCUGAGAAGCGUACCACAAAUCACCAGCUACCCCCAACAAGCCCCACAGCAUCACCCAGCGUGCCUUUCAACGCUGACGCCUUCCUAGACGACGAAGACUAUCCCGAGCAGUCCUAUCAGAAGCUCCGGGACUUUGAGCCCUCACCAAUGAUAACGACAGCAACACCAGCCUCAAAAUUCAUGGCCGACUUUCACCAGAAUUCUCUGCAGCAGAGGCUCUCACUGCAGGCGCAGCAGAAUCAGGAGAAUUGCGAGUACAUUAAGCAGAAUGGUCACAGCAUGGAGAAACCAGAGGAUCCAAAGGCGGACGAUGAUCUGGGCUUCGAUCCCUUCCACGAGACCCAGAAGGCACUUGCUGAGCUCAUGGAGAAUGAGAUGCAGCUGCAGCAACAGAGACUCAUCCAGCAGCAGCAGCAGCAGCAGCAACAGCAGCAACAGCAGAAUCAUCACAAUCAUCGUCACAGCCACUACUUUCAUCAAACCCAGCUGCACAGGGGCGACGAGACGACAAGAAAUCACCAGAAUCUUCAGAAUCUGCCUCAGCACUUUCCCCAAGUGGCACAUCUGCAUCUUCAUCAGGCACAACAACUCCAGAAUAUUCAGGUGCUGCAGCAGUCACACAGUUUAAUCUCACGUCUUCCACAGGGAAUGAUUGCCACUGGGAAUCAGAGCCCUGCCCAGCCCUCGAUGCCUGUUGCCAGUAUUGGGCAGAGGUCCAGGCUACCACCACCUGGAUUUCCAGGCUCUACGCCCAAUCAUAUGAAUUCAUUUGGCCUAGGGAUACCCAGGGCUGCACCCAAUAACUCAGCACCUCAACAGAAUUCAUAUUUACCCAAUGGGAAUAUCAUUGCACCACAGGGAAUUAACAAGUGCACGAGUGAGGGAGUCUAUGGGAUCAAGGACUGGUGUGAGAUUAAUGGACAGCAGGGACCAGGACAGGUGUUCAGUCAUCAGAUUGGACAGAAGGGCUGGAAUAAUUUUGGACCUGUUGCUGAUUGGACUAGUAUUGAUCCAGCUAUUGUUAGCUCAUCGAGACCUGUACCUUUUCAGGGCAACAGCACGUGGCAGUUCUCAAGGAUUCAUCAAGGGACUCACAAUGUUCCACACAGUGCGCAACAGGAACAGAGCGCACCGGCUCAGCACUGGGCAAUGCAGCCACCUCCUGGAUUCGGUGGUCCAUCAUUGAGUCAGUUGAAUGGUCAGCAGUCCAGCACAGCUGCACAACCGCACACUAAACUUAUUUCCGCAGGGCCGGAAAUCGAGAACUUAUAAAUUAAAUCACGAUAGAAAAAUGGAAUCAUGAGAUGACCAGAUGGCUAGGGAUCACGGUACCGAGACGAGUGGAUUGAAUAACCAGUUGGAAGAAAUAACGAAGAAACCAUUGAAUGACGGGUUCGAUGGUAUUCUCGACUAUUGGCAGCAGGAUUUUCCCCCAGAGUCUCCUUCACUCAUCCUGCGCCCCCCCCUGAUCUAAAUUUGUAAUAAAAUAUUUCUUCCACACCGGUGACACAACAAAAAAAAGAAACAAUUCUGAUAAGAGGAAAAAUAUUAAAUGAUUUAAUGAAAAAUGAGAGAAUUUUGGGACCGCUAAACGACUAUUAGCGGUAUGCGAAUAGAAUGGGAAAAUGAAGAAAUACAAAAUAUGAUUAUAA